UGUCCCACUAGUGUGUUUUAGCUCUGAUGUGGAGACUCUAGACCUAAGAGAUCAUACUCUAUGCCUGUUCUAUUCUGGGCUUCUGUUGAGGCUUCCAGGAAGGAUGUCAAGUUGAUCAUGCACAAUGCAGGCAGGUGGAGAGCCAUAUCGACUAUUGGUUGGCACUGAGUAUGUUGUUGGACGCAAGAACUGUUCAAUUUUAAUUCAGGAUGAUCAGUCAAUCAGUCGAACUCAUGCAGUUUUGACUGUCACCCAUCCUGAACCUAACCUCAGUCAAGCUCUCACAGUCCCUGAAUUGGUAAUAAAAGACACCUCUAAGUAUGGUACAUUUGUUAAUGGAGAAAAACUUUUGAAUGGUACUUCUCGAACUUUGAAGUCUGGUGAUAGAGUCAAUUUUGGAGUCUUUGAAAGCAAGUUUAGAGUGGAAUAUGAUCCCUUGAUUGUCUGCUCUUCGUGUUUAGAGGCUUCUGGGAAAACUGCUUUAAAUCAAGCUAUUCUGCAGCUUGGAGGCAUUGUUGUGAAUGAUUGGUCAAAAGAAUGUACUCAUCUUGUCAUGAUAUCAGUAAAAGUUACUGUUAAGACUAUAUGUGCUUUGAUUUGCAAUCGACCAAUUAUAAAGCCAGAGUACUUUGUGGAAUGUAUUCAAGCCAUUCAAUCCAAGCAACAGUUACCAAAACUGGAAAGUUUUUAUCCUCCAGUUGAUGAGCCCGCUAUUGGUACAGAAAAAUUGGAUCUGUCUAUGCGUCAAGAAAGAAAUACGAUCUUCGGAGGCAAAACCUUUCUGUUCCUAAGUGCUAAACAGCAUAAGAAACUGAGUCCAGCCAUUAUUCUUGGCGGGGGAGAAGCAAAACUGUUGACAGAAAGAAGAAAAGAAACUUCUUUACUGGUAGCUCCUGAAGCUUGUGUUGUUGAUGCAGGAUUAACAAACUCGCAGGUCGCAGUGUCUGACUCUGUGAGAAAUUGGAUUGAUUCCAUUAUGACUACACUACAAAGCAAGAAUCUCAGAACCAUUCCGGAAGCAGAAAUUGGAUUAGCAGUUAUUUUUAUGUCUAUGGAAAGAUACUGCAAUCCUCAAAACCAGCCUGGAACAACUAAACAGCUGGUUACUCUAGGAUCAGCUAUUCCGCAUGCAACCCUUUCUCAGAGUUCAACUGUCGAUGAGACCAUAAUGCCCGUUGCUACAAGUGAUAGCAAGGCAUACGUAGCUGACACAGAAUCAGAAGAACUGACGGACACAUGUAUGGAGACAGGUGGAGAAGAUAGAGACAACACUCCCAAAAUGGAUCGAAGAGACAAAAUGUAUUCACAGAAUAUAACCACUGUAAAGGAGACUCCCAGCACAAGUGGCAUUGUAAACUCAGAGACCGCAUUACACAGGGUGCAUAGAAUGUCCGGGAUUGACCUAAAAAGUCAACCCCUCUCUCCCUCUAAAAUUUUAGGAACUAAUAGAAUUAGAGAGAGAACUUCACAGCGAGAGUCUAACUCCAUUACAAAUUAUUUCCAGGCAGCUCCAAAGAAAAGGGAAAGGAUUGAAGAGGGAGAAACAUCUGCACCUAAACUGGCCAAGAUGGAGGAAAAGUCAUCUCAUCUUUGCAGUCAGACCCAACCCACAACUUCCUUGAUGUGGAAAAGUAAAGUGGAACAAACUCAAAAGGAACAAUGUACUUUGGACCUGAAAGCAAACCUUUUGCCUAAAGACACAGGCCUAAAGUUUGCAAUGGAAAGUAGCAAAUCAGAAAAAGAUAAAACUGUUACUAAAAAUGUUUCUAGUGAAAAGCCUGCAUCAAAGAAAAGAAAAGUGUUAGGUGAUUUAGUUGAGGAUGCAGCUACACUAGAACUUGUGUUUGGGAGCGAAGAGCUGGAUUGGGAAGCUGAAAUGGGUGAUCAUGAUGAGGUGCAUGGAGCCAAUAUGCAGAAAAAAAGACGUUUGGAAGCCAAAGAGGAAAGGAUUGAAGAAGAAGCCAAUAGAAUAUCUCAAGAAAAUGAACUUGGAGCUGUUCCAACUUCAAAGAAGCAAAUUGAGGUCAAGCAAGAAUCAUCCGUUUUGAACACUGACCAACUUCAAGAUGAUUCCAGCAAUCUGCCCAGCAGACUCUUGUUGACUGAAUUUAGAUCAUUGGUGGUUAGCCAUCCAAGGCCAAAUAGUCUUGUCGCUGCACAAACCAAUUAUGGGCAACUGAACAACUUUAAGAAAUUCAAAAAGGUACCUUAUCCUGGAGCAGGACAACUUCCACGCAUUAUUGGAGGAUCAGAUCUGAUAUCUCACCAUGCCAAAAAGAAUUCACAGUUGGAAGAAUGGUUAAGGCAGGAAAUGGAGGAGCAGAAUCGGCAUGCAAGAGAGGAAUCGCUCGCUGAUGAUCUCUUUAGAUAUGAUCCUAACGUGAAAAGGAGAAGAUAAGUUGUUUCUUGAAUUUACAAUGAACCUACAACAAAAGCAUCUUGACAAUGUUUGCUGGUUUCAGUGUACAAUAUAUGUGGGAUUAAAUUAUCUCUUGUUGUAAGAGUUUAGUCCUGCUUUUAUUAAAGAAAACAAAGUCAC